AUGUUCCCUGCAGUGGAGGAGGCCGAGAGGACUGUGUUUGUGGGGAAUUUAGAGGCCCGCGUGCGGGAAGAGAUCCUUUAUGAACUGUUCCUUCAGGCUGGGCCAUUAACCAAAGUGACUAUAUGCAAAGACAGAGAAGGCAAACCGAAGUCUUUUGGAUUUGUCUGCUUUAAACACCCAGAAUCAGUGUCUUAUGCCAUAGCUUUGCUGAAUGGAAUUCGUUUAUAUGGAAGACCAAUUCAUGUGCAGUAUCGAUUUGGGAGUUCCCGCUCUUCUGAACCAGCUAACCAAAGUUUUGAGAGCUGUGUUAAGAUAAAUUCACACACCUACAGAAAUGAAGAAGUCAUGGGUAGAUCUUCCUUUCCCAUGCAGUUUUUUCCAACUACUAAUGCAGCUUUACCUCAAGAAUAUUUUUACUUUCCGAAGAUGCACUGGCAUGCAUAUAAUCCACCGCUGCAGCUUCCUUACUGUGAGAUGACAGCACCACUUCCUAAUAGCACAUCUGUGCCUUCACUAAAUCACGUUCCAAAUCUAGAGGCUGGACCGAGCUCGUAUGAAUGGACUCACCAACAACCACGUGACUCUGAUCUCUACCAGAUGAAUAAACGAAAGCGGCACAAACAAACAAGUGAUAGUGAUAGUAGCACAGAAAACAAUAGGGGCGAAUAUAGGCAAAAGUUCCAAAAGUGUAAGAAAAAGAAAAGACACUAGUAUUGCCUUCAAAUGAAUUUGUCUACCCUUGUCUUAAUACUAUCAAGAGAUUUUUAAAAGCCUGUAUUCUACUAAAUAACCAAUUUAAUGCUUUUCUUGUC